AUGCAUCCUGAACAUGGUCUGCACGCUGUGCUAAAAAAUUGUGUUAAAAUGCUUGAAAAUCAGGCUCCGUCUCUGUCGUGGCUCGGAUGCGUCCUGAACAUGGCCUGCACACCAUGUCCUAGAAACUGCCUAGAAAUGCUUAAAAAUGAGGUUACAUUCCUGUCACGUCCAGGAUGUGUCCUGAACAUGGCUUGCACAGAUAAUUACACCACCAGAGAGCCAUGCUUCAUGGAAGGACUUCAACAUGAAAAACAAACUUUGGGUGAAAAUCUUUCAGUAAAUGUGAUACCUGCAUCAGUUAAUCCUGAUCGAAAGGAGAAGAGAGAGAAUAGUUUUUCUUCCGGAUAUCAAAUAAAAGGCCAGUGGACAGGCGAAGAAGACAGGAGACUGAUUAGCUUAGUACAUCAAUUUGGAUUGAGAAAAUGGGUUGUAAUAGCUGAAGAAAUGGUUGGUAGAGUGGGAAAACAGUGUCGCGAGCGAUGGAAUAAUCAUCUGGAUUCUCGUAUCAAGAAGGACGUUUUGACUGACAAUGAAGAGAGAUAG